CGAGAGCAAUCGAAUGACCGCCUUGUUUACAGUGUUGUUGGUUUUCUUUACUGUUCAUUGGUUGUUGUUCUCACCGUGUAACUGAGUGAUUCAUCCUUCUUUUUCUCUACACUUUUACCGGGUAAAUGUCUAAGAGAAUGGAACACACUUUUCAUAAGCGAAUCCUCUGAAUGGAUGCUUGCCACGCUUGCCUAGCUUGCCCCGCUUGCCCUGCUUGUACACUUGUUGAUUAAAUGCUUGGAAACGACGUUGUUUUGUUUGACUCCUCGGGAUGAUGCACCCAUCAUCCCGCUCGUCAUUGUCACUGUAAAUCCACUUCCGAUUCACUGCUGAGCUCACGCCCGGCAGUGCCGACAUUUCCAUCAACAGCCGACACAACAUCGUGGUACGGUCAACACGCCAACCCACUAGAACGCCGGCAUAACCGCCCGCGUUACAUGGCGCUCCUGGGUUAAAACCAGCCCGGAAGCUUCACAUCGCAACCAUUCCCACCAUCCCCACUCGCUCCACCGACUCUCCUUGUAGCCGGAUCAAGGCAGCCAAGCGCCUGAAUUGCCCGGCCCACAGAAGCACUCCAAAGAGGAGCGUUCGCCCAUUCCAUACCGGACCGGAAAUCCCGUCCUACCUGCAGCAUUACAAGAUUCCACGACUGCAGUUAGUGCCCAGCAAGACACCAACACGUCUCUACGCGAGUAUAUACAAGAAAUGCGUACAAAAUGGCAACACGCCGUGGAAUUCGCAAAAGUAAUGACGGACAUCACCCAUGCUCGCAAUACACAGCAAUACGAUGCGCAUAAGCAAGACAUCACGUUUAAACCUGGCGAUUCAGUUUACGUACGAGAUGAAGCAAGAGAAAUUGGACGCACUGAAAAGUUAUCUAAUAACAAUGGACACUGUCGUUACUGCACAAGCUGAUCAAGCAGCAUCCGAGCCAGUACCGCAAAGCACUUCUACUGACUCGUCGCACGCAGAUCACGAAGAAGCUACUGAUACUGAACAAGACGUUCUUCAAAUGGAUGGCUACGACGACGGUAGUUUUGAUGCGCCUGAAGAACAUCACACGCCUUUGCCAACUGACGAGCUCGCACAUGAGCUGCACACAGUCGCUCCACCACCACGUCGUGUUGUGUUGGAAGAUGAAGACGUCGCGCAUGCAGAGGAUGACACCGCGGACUACCACGGUCAAUCAAUGCAGUUCACUUCCGCCAACCGCAGUAAGCACCGUUUCCGUAAGGGGCAACAGCAGCACGCACAGCGCCCUUCACACAUUAAUGUUGUUCAGCGGCAGCCGCCGAACGCUGCCGCUUCGCACGCGCCAUCCCGCCCCGCUAAAGGCACACCCGCCAGACCACCACCAGAUAAUAUCCGGUAUUUCUAUACCGGCCCCCGUCAGCGCGCCGAUGACCCACAGAGUCAACUUGACAAUCCUUACAUCGGACAGCACGUCAAAACGUCAGACUACACUAAACACAUUAGAAGUCUUAAUCAUGCCAUUAAUACUGGUCAGUACGCUCGACCGCCUCGCACACAGGCCGAGCACAAUAUGCAAGUCGCUGAGCACCGCCUCUUGGAAAGCACUUCCUCCUUUCUGACAAGUUUACGCGACAACGUUAAUAAUCUGAAUGACAACAAGUACUGUUCGUUUCCUGUGCCCAUGUGUACCGUCUUGAGCCCCCACUAUUUCCAAUCUUGGCGUUUUGACAAGUUCAGCAGAUCACCGUGGAUCAAAUACCCUUCUGACGACAACACAUGGCGAUACGAGCACCGCACCGGCUUUGUGUACCGCUAUGAUCGUAACAACAAUCGUUUCGUACAAACCGAACAGUCUCCGCGUUACUUUAACCCUUAUCGUUACUUCCCCAUUGAUCUGCCAUUCUGGCCAAGUGAAAUCAUGUGGGAUGGUACGUAUUCUCCUGAAGGCCGCAACGAUGCACUCGAUAUGUGGCACGCGUAUGACGACAACAGAGCACGCAAACUGAAUGUACCCAUUUGCAAUCAAGUACUGCCAUUUGUGGAACUACCGGACGUCGCCCUUGGUCAGCAUAUGAACCGAGAUGUUGCAUCAAUCCUGGACAAGCGAGGAAUUCCUAACUACAGCGAAUCGGACAUCUACCGGAUGCCUCAGCCUACCGUGAGGGACCCAAAUCAGCGGAUCCGUGAGUUGGAGGACAAGCUGGCCUACUACGAAAGUCUCCAUUAACCGGACC